CCCGGCACCAAUUCGAGGCCCGAGCUUGUGGUGCAUCUGCGAGCGAGCGACGCAAUUGAGGCAUUCACAGCGCGCAAUCUCGACCAAGCUCCCCGUCCACCACUCCAGUCGACAGCCCACCCUGCGCCGGCCACAGGACUGCUCGGCGUAGAGAUCACAUUACAUCAUGCCCACUCCCGAGUCCGAGGCCUUCCUGGCCAAGAAGCCCCAGGUUCCCCCGACGUUCGACGGGGUCGACUACGACGACACGAAACGCCUGAAGCAGGCGCAGGAUGCCAUCAUUCGCGAGCAAUGGGUGCAGGUCAUGAUGGGACGGCUUGUCAGGGAGGAGCUGAGCAAGUGCUACUACCGAGAAGGCGUUAACCACCUGGAGAAGUGCGGUCGGUUGAGAGAACGUUACCUCCAAUUGCUCUCCAGCGCCAAGGUCAAGGGUUACCUCUUCGAACAACAGAACUACUUCACCAAGGAUGGUCAGCAGCAGUAGAGUACCCCGGGGCAUUGCAGGGACGGACGUGUAUAUAUUUUCUAGGUACAGAGACUCAUGUAUCGGGAUCGUGUUAAGCGGUAGUGGGAGGGUAGCGCGGUUCGGCCAUGAAAUGCCCUCGGGUCGAGUCGGGGGUUGGGGUUUGGCCAGCACGAGAUCCCAACAUCCGGGCUUCAAUCUGUACACGCAGGCCAAUUGAAACGUCAGGAACAUCAAAGAAGAGUUCCUCCCGAUUAUGGUUGUCGCCAGUACAUGCUCUCUG